CUUUAUCAUAUGUGUAGCUUCUGACGCUAUUUGACACGUCGUCAGAAUGCCACUAUCAAAGAAACAUGAAAUUUGUAGUCCAUCCAUUUUUAUAUUCAUUGAUUUGGAAAACGGAUGAAAUGCGAACAUAUUAAAAAUUCACAAAUUUCCUGAUUAUUUAUUUAUUAUCUAAUAAAAAACCGUACAAUUGUGUCACCGUAGAUUAAUAGAACAAUUCUAAUUCCUAGGUGAAAAAAAAUCUAUACAGAGAAAAAAUAACAGCAACAGAAAUAAAUAUGGGUCUUCUCCCAUUACUUGAUGCAUCCGAUGUACUAGUCCUACAUUGUCCAUUAUGUUAUUUCCACACACAUUGGUUAAAUCAUCUAGAAAUUCACUUCAAUCAUGAACAUUCAAAUGAAAAUGUGGAUUUUAUGUUAUAUCAAUGCUCCAAGUGUCGAAAAAUUGCUUCAUGUAAAACAUUCCUCUAUGAACAUAUUGAUAUUUGUCACAAAAGAUCUAGUAAGUCUACCAUCCAAUCGUCUAGAACUCAGUCACCAAAUAAUACACUAUCAGAUCAUGAAAGUUUUAAUAUUCAACAGCAAAAUUCACAAACCAUUGAACAGUGUAACAAUAACCCUAAUGCAUCAAUAGAUAUUAUUGGUCCUAAUGGGAUUAUUAAUAAUAACAGUUGUUUAACUACUAAUCCGGGUCAUGAUGAAAAACAAAUUACCGAGGAUAUUAACAGUGAUGAAAAUGAGACCGUCAAUAAAAGUGAUGUUAGUGAUAACAAUAAUAAUAAUAAUAAUAAUAAUAAUAAUAAUAAUACUAACAAGAGUGACACUGAUGAGUUUACUAACCACAAUACUCCUAUUAUUAGUGAUAGUAAUGAAAAUAAUGAGAAAGAAGAACCAGUCCUUAAUGAUACUAAAAAUCAAUCUCCAUAUAUUAAAAUUUUAUUUGUAGGCCAGUUAUGUGGUAGUAAUUCAGCAUUGUCACCAUCAACCCUAUCCACGACUGGUACAAUAUCAGCAAGUACCAUCACCCCUACUGCUGCCACAACAGCACUUCUACCAUCAACAUCUUUAUGUGAAACAUUUACAAAAUCAAAACAUAAUUCAUUACAUCACUCACAAAAAUUGCAUAAUUAUCACUAUUUGAGUUCAAUUAAACAUCAAUGUUUAUUUUGUGAUUACACUAGUUCGGAUUCUACUAAAUUAGCUGAACAUUAUGUACAACAUGGAAUAAGACAGUUACAAUUACCAAAUACCAUGCAUAAAUUUAAAAAAUUACAUAGAAUUCAAGCAAAAUCUGAUAAUAAUAAUAAUAUAUCAACGAAUCCUUUAACAGUUAUGGACGAAUUGACUAAAUUUGCAACAAAUGAACAUGAUGGAUGUUGUCUACCAACUGCUUUACUAACACCUGUUAUAACACCACCAAAUUCAUUGAAUAAAAAAUCAAUAAUCUUUGGCAAUAACUGUUCAUCCCAUGAUGAUAGUGAGAAUUUUGAGGAUGAUGAAAAUGAAGGAAAAGAAGACGAAGAGAAAAAGGACAUAUGCCUAGAAUCUUCGUGUUGUUCAUCUUUAUACUGUACAUCUAGUCCUCCUCCACACCUUGAAAUCAAUCCUUCCACUUCAGUGAAUAUGAUAAAAACAACAGCAACUACAUCCACUACUAUUUGUAAACAUGAAUACGAUAAUAAACCGCAUCGUGUAAUACGUCGAAAUCGUAAACGUCAUUCCAGUUGUGAAUUAUCACUGUUAAAUGCAGAGCAUAAACGUUGUCAUUAUGAAGAUGAUUCAAUUGACAAAUGGAAUUAUUCUUAUCCAUAUGUCAAUUCAAAUUGUUCGCCAUGUUACAAAAAUCAUCUUGUGAAUAGUCAACAAGUUAUGGUAUCUUCUUCGUCAUUAUCUCAUCCUUCUUGUAUUCCUAUGCUAAAUAGUAAUACUAAUACUACUCUCACUGCACCUAGUAACAGUAAGUCAGUAAAGUUAUCGAAUUUCUAUCGUGACUGUCAGCAUCAACAGACACAGAAAUCUAUUAAUUCUGAAGUUGAUAAUGAUUCCGGCUUGUCAUCUGGUACGACUACUACAAUUAAUGACAAUCCACAAAUCUAUUCACCAUUGUCCAAUACACCGUUACCAAUGAAUUUCCCACCUUAUCCAGCUUAUAUGAACCCAGUGUUUUUAUCAGCUUUAAUGGCUAGUGGUUGUUGGCCGUUUAAUUCAUUCCCUGGUAAUAGUAGUAGUAGUAAUAAUAGUAGUGGUAAUAAUACUAACAGUAAUAAUAGUAAUAAUAUCACCUCAAACCCAUUUGAUCCAUGGCAUGCAUCCAAUAUUACUUUAGAUUCACUACAACAAACUGCUUCUUUAUUUGGCAAUAAUCAACGAUUAUUAUCAAAUUCAAAUAAUUUCCCGCCGGUUCUAUCUCCACCAUGUGAUGCAUCAUCAGUUCACUUAAGUAAAAGUCCAAGACAUUUAAUAGCAGAUGAAUCAAUGUCUAAUUUACAAGAUUUUAAUCAAAUCAAUUGUCAAUUGAACAAAUUAUCAGGAUUCUCAUCAUUAGCUAAUACUUCAUGUCUAAAUAAUAACACUAAUCAUAAUAAUGUUUCAACAAGUCAAAAGAAUCUUUUCAAUUAUCCACCAUUUAUUCAACCGUCAAAUUUUAUAAAUGGAGCGUCAACAAAUCCGCUUCUAUUACAAUUAACUAACUGUCCAUCAUUAACAGAUAAUAAUCAAAAUAUAUUAGCUACAGCUUUAUCUGCCUGGUGUACACAACAAGCAGAAAAUAUCGGUUUAUUUCCAUAUCAUAAUUUAUCAGGAAAGAAUUCAUCAAUUUCACCAUUGUUUACUUCUAAUACGCAUAAUACUUCUAAUAUUACUACUGAUAACCAUGAUAACAAGAUCAUUAGCAAUGAUAAUGAAUGUAUUUCUAACAGUCAUCGUAAUAAUAAUGAUGGGAAUAAUGGUAGUAUCAUAACAAAUUUAUUGAAUAAUGAAACAAAUGAAAGUCAAGAGACAAAUGAUAAUAAACUAAACACCACUUCGUCGAAUUCAACUAUCCCAUUUAACUCGACUCAAACAGAUCCAGGCAUCUCAUCAGCUUCUUCAUCAUCAUCAACGUCGUCGUCAUCAUCAUCAUGCGUUUCUUCAAUUUCAUCAGAUGAAAAUCAAUUGAAUUCAUCGAUAUUUAUAAAAACUUCUCCAAAGUUAAAUAAUACAAAUGAUACCAUUGGAUUAUGUUCACGUCCUCCUCGCCCUCCUCCUCUCCCUCUUGCUGCUUCUAUUCCACCAUCAACACCCCUUUGUUCUUCAACAUCACCAUCAUCGGCUUCUGAAUCAAUAGCAAUAACAAAUUCUACAGUAAAUAGAUCACCAAGUGUUCAAUCAACAUUUAAUUCUAUCUUAAGCACCAAUUGUUUAAAUUCAAGUCAAUCUCAAUCAAUCACCAAUUAUCCAGCAACAGUAUCAACUGGAUCCACAUCUUCAUUAGCAGCAAUGAUGACAGCAGCGGCUGUAGCUGCAGCAAUGGCUGGUAUAUGUCGACCUAAUUCAGACGUAUCCAGGUGUAUACCAUCUCUGUCAACGUUUUCACAACCUUUAUCCUCUUCAUCAUCAUUGUCAUUAGCCGGAUCAAUAUCCCCAACAGCAGCGGCAGCAACAGCAGCAACGUCUGCAUUUCCAACAGGACUUAAUCAAACUUUUCAAAAUUUAGAUUUGAUGAAUUUAUCAUCAAAAGAAUUCCAUGAUGAAUUAUUCAAUCAUCAUGAUAUGAUGCUUAUGAACGGACAACAACAUCUGUAUAGGAAUGCAAUACAAUCGAAAUAUUUAAGACAAUCACAACAGCUACAUCAGUAUACACAUACCACUAAUAGUAAUGAUAAUAAUAUUAAUAGUAUAGUAGAUUAUGCAAACGAUGGAUCCGUCACCGAAAUGGAAGAUAUUGAUGAUGAAGUAAUUGAAGAGAAUGAAAUGCCGGGUGAUAAUGAAGAUGAUGAAGAAUUUACCGAAGAGAUGUUAUUACAUGAACGAAUAAUUCAUAGUAAUGAUAAUAAUAACAGUAAAGAAUGUAAUGGAUUAAUAGAUGAACGUUCAGAAAAUGAUUUAUCAUAUGGAACGAACAAUAAACCAGUUGUUAAGUGUUUAAGUGGGUUCAAUAAUGAAAUAGGCAGUACAAGAAACUCAAAAAAUCUAUUAGAAUCAAUGAAACAUGGCCAAUCACCAAACAAAGAGAUCAACACUGCUCAUCUACAUACAAAUAAUGAAUUGAAGUUUUUAAAUAAAUCAUGUAAUCAUAAUUUCACUGGGAAUAUUAUGAGUGCCAACAAUAGCAUUAAUAGUAAUAAUACGAAUAGUACCAAAGCAGGGAAUGUAAGUAAUAAUAGUAUUAGUAGUGGACGAGCCAGUCGAACAAAUUUAUCACCUAGUUCUGCCAUGAAUCAUGAUCAAAAACGGAAUCAUCAUUAUCAUCCCCAUUACCAUCGAAAUUUCACUGAAUCGUUGAUAAACAACAAUAAUGUUGGAACUAAUAAUAAUAAUAAUAUGGGCGACUCGAAUUCAACAGAAUCUGAUGAGAAUUCAUCAAUAAAUUUGUCAGUCAAUAAUAAUACAACUACAACAUUAAUGACCACGUCAUCAACAUCAACGCCAACAACAACAGCGCCUUCAUCUUCGUCAUCAUCGCCUAGUGGUGGUGGCGUUGGAUCGGGUGCAUUAUUUAGUAUUCGACGAGCUGUUGGGUUGUCUAGAACUAAUCUACCAUUUCCAGCACGGAAACGUCUAUUCGGUUGGUUAGUUGAUCAUUUGAGAGAACCAUAUCCCUCAGAAGAAGAAAAAAUGAUGCUUGCUAUGGAAACUGGAUUAUCACGUACAACAGUGAAUAAUUGGUUUAUUAAUGCUCGACGACGUUAUGUUAAACCAUUAAUGCAAGGCCGACUUGUUCUCCAAUCAGGAGUUUUUAAAACAGUCACUAGUGAAAAUUGUAACACUACAACACCCAGUGGAGGUAGCGGAGGAGGUGGUGGUGGUGGAGCAUCAUCAUCAUCAGCUUCUUCACCUCCAUCCCCAACAUCAAAUACUGGUACUAAUAAUAGCAGUAUUGGAUCAAAUCAAUACGUACCAACAAAUCCUUGUAUAACCAAUAAAUCAAAUUAUACAAAUAGUCCAUUAAAUGAAAAAACUCAUCGAGAAAGAUCGACCUCACGAAGAAAUAAUUCAUUAACUGGGAAUACUCAUGCUAAUAUUAGUAGUAAUACCAUGAAUAAUUCAUCUAAUCUAUUACAAAUGUCAAAUUCAUUUAAUUCAAGUUCAACUAAUGAUGUACCAAAUACAUCAUGUCAUUAUAAUAAUUCAUUUAUUUCAAAUCCAUUUUUAAAUCAAUCAAAUAGUUUAUCGAUUAGUAAAUCAAACUCAUCAUCAGAUUCCACUGCAACUAUUUCAGCAAUGGCAGUAGCUGCAGCCGCAGCAGCAGCUGUAUACGCUGGUGCAAACAUGAAUUCAAACAGAGGAGAUGUAGGAGGUGGAGGAAAUAGAAUAGGAUGUCCAUCCACAUUGACAGGAUCAAUUUCAACACCAUCAACAUCUGCAUUAUCAUCAAAUUCAUCGUUACUUUUCUCUACACAAUUUAAUAAUCUACUUAAUAAUGCAGCAAUGGCAGCUGGUGUAUCAGUGUCAGGAUCAAAUUCAAUUACAAACAUAAAUCGAUCAACACGUACAGGAUUAUCUAUGCAUUCUCUUCAACAACAACAACAACAACAUCAACAUCAUCGACAAAAUCAACAACUACCACAACAACCACAAAUCCAUUCAGAUAUUUUAUUAUCUAAUGAACAUUUAGUCGACAGUAUAACAAAUUUAUCUAAAAAUUUAUUAUGUUCUUCAUCUACUGAACAAGAACACAUGAUUAGUGGUACUACUGGUGAUUGAAUGAAUAUUUUGAAAAGGAUAGGAGAACAAAAAAGAAAAUACAAUUGAGGGAAUGAUUAUAACAUUGUAAAUUACAUAAUUCAUACUACUUAUAAAUCAUAUCAUUCAAGUAAUACUACUACUACUACUAAUAAUAAUAAUGAAAUGAAAGUAAUCAAUCUAACAUGGAAGUUGGAUUUUCUUUCGUUACUUAUCUACACACUCAUUUCAUAAAUCUUAUUUUGAAAUGAAUACAACUUUUAUUGAAUACAAAAUAUCUAAAAACAAAAAAAAGAAAAAGAAAGUUUAUGAAUGAAUAUUCAUUGUACAUAAUUCAACUGUAUUCAAUAAGGCUAUAAGAAGAUUAUGUAUACAAAUUGUUUAUUUGUUUACUUUUUUUUGUUUGUUUUGUUUCUUCUAUAUUCAUUCAUUUGGUUUCUUUGUUGUUAGCCUAAGAUUUUCAUAUGUAAGUGUAAUUUCCAAUUAGGUUCUAUUGUAAUACACGAUUUGCAUAUACAUAUAACAUGUAAGUGUGGUGUGUAUAUGUAUGUAUUUAAGUCAGCCUAUGUUACUUGUCAAUUUCUUUGACUGACAUUACAUUCAUUUUAUAUUAAUAAUAAUGAUAAUAAUAAUAA